GAGACACACCACAUUCCGCAGCAUGACAGAUACAUCUAAAUUAAAUGAUGAGAUAACUGAAAGUCAACAGAAUGCGAAUAAAAUUAGAUGUCAGUUCUGUAAUUCUCUAAUUUUAACACCGAACAAUGCUAAAUUCAUAGAAAAAGAGUUUUCACUUCCGUUAAUGCAUCAAAAACAUUCAAGAAAUCUUGACGAGCUUGAAACGGAAGUUUUCAAAGAUUUUUGGGUUGUUGACGACAUGUUUACAUUUGAAAAUAUUGGAUUUUCAAACACAGUUGGAGACUAUAAGUAUCUCAUCUGUGCAGAUUGUGAUAUGGGCCCAGUAGGCUAUCACAUCCUAUCAACGAAAAAAAAUUAUAUCGCGUUAGUUCGAGUGAAACAUGAGAAAUAAUUUUGUAAAUUAUCAUCAUAAUAAUAAAGAAAAAUUUAACUAUAAUAAAAUCAAUUACAUUAAAAUAUAUUGGACUUUUGUUCUUCUAACAUCUUAUGCAGAUAAGAUGUGUCAUCUUUUGCUAAAUUCCAGAAUUCGCCGCUUUCAACAAGCUCACCAUCACUGAUGACGAGAAUUCGAUCAGUGUUUUGAAGUCCAUUCAGUCUGUGGGCAAUAAUUAGAACUGUUGAUGUCUUAAAAGCAUUCCGAAGAGCGAUUUGAAUAGCUAGUUCCGAUUCAUUAUCCAAGUUUGACGUUCCUUCGUCGAUUAAAACAAUCUAUGAAAUUUUCAAUAAAGCUCUUGUAAGGCACAGCAACUGUUUUUGACCCGAGGAUAAGUUUGAUCCGCCAGAUUCAAUUCGACCUGAAAGUCCACCAAGAGAACUCAC